AUGCGGUCAUCGUCGGUCAUUACUUGUUGCCGGCGUACUGAAGCUUCUGAAGAGUCGACAGAAUGUCGUGCAUGUGGUCGAGUUGACCAGAUCGGCCGAAGCGAACUGCAAAGCAAAAUCACAACACAUAAAGCAAGAGCAAAUGAAGCAAAAAAAGAUGGUCAAGAUUCUUACCGAAUGGCUGAGGGGCUCCAUUACGUUUUCCUUGGAGAGAGCUCUCUGGAGCAAAGUCUUCCUCAUCCAAUGAAGACCGCUUUCCAAAUCUAA